UUCUUUUCCUUAGCCGUAAUAGACAAACGGACAACAACAUAUUCAAUUUGCGUAAAAGUGUGAUGCAGCCGAUCUUAAAAGCAGACGAACAGCAACCAACAAGUACGCAAACUAAUGGAUAUGUUAAACAAGUGAACGGUACACCCAAAUCAAAACUUAAUCAAGAGAAAAUCGUGUUGCCUGUUGAAAUGGCAAGCAUGAUAUCAUUAAAAAGCUUGAUUGGGAAACUUGUUCAUAAAUCAUACGCAGAUUUAUUGACUUUAACGGAUACUUUACCAUCCAUGUCUGAUGUGGAAAAGAAACGACAAAUAUUAAAUUAUACUACAUUUGUUAGAAAACAAUUCUUGAAAUUGCUUGUACUUGUCAAAUGGGCAGACUGUGCUGAUGAUAUUCAAAUGUGCCAGAACAUUAUGGCCUUUUUGGCUAAUCAAAACAAAAUGUUUCAGGAUACUGUCGACUAUCUUCACAAAAUACACAUUGAAUUACCAGCAGCCAGAGUCAGGAACUUUGACAUACCUACGGCAGUUGAUGUCUUAACAACUGGAACGUAUCAACGCAUGCCCACGAAACUGAAGGACAUGAUCCAUCCUCCUCCUUUUACUGAUGAAGAAGUGUUGGAAACGUUUCAGCAAAUGAAUGAUACUAUUCGUGUACGCAUGUUGACAGAAGAAGUGCUACCAUCGCCCAUGCAAAAAUACCGCAUCGAAAAUGGACGCAUUUAUUUUUCAAUUGACAAUGAAUUUGAAGUGGCCUUGACCCUGAUGGGACAAAGCCAUGCUAGAAGAUGGUGGAUUGUAUCUUUGGAUAUACUUGUUCAGGCAUCUAGUUGUGAAGAGUCUGCAUCUGAUCUUGAUAUAUCUCUAAGUGAUGCACAGAAACAGCAUUUACGAAUGAAUGCUCAAAAACAACUCAUACCACCUGCUACAGCUGAAGGAGAAGAAAACAAAGCAACCAAGUUGUUCUUCCCGCUAGUAAAUCUAUAUGACUACCUGCACCUUUGCUGUCUCAACAUGCAACUUGAAAUGCUACAUAUUCAACUUCUCAUGUUAGCAAAGACAAAGUGGUUAGAUCAACUAAAGGUACAGAUGGAUUCAAGUAGAGCCAAACUCAUCAUCACCUAUUGGGGAGGCGGAUCACCUGCUGCCCAUUGGGCUAGACCUCAGCCUGAGAAAGAAGCGAGUAAGAGUACAGUAUUGGAACUAUCCGUGAGCGAUGAGCAUGAAAAGGAGUCAGCUAAGAAAAACAUGGCAAUCACAGUAAGAGAUGAAUCAAAAGGUCUGAUACAGAAGGCAGGUAUUGGUGCUUCUGUACGACUAGCAGAGACUGAUCCUGCAGAUAAGCCCAAGAUUGUUUCGCUUCUUAAAUACCCGAAGAAUUGCCUAGACAUCCUUUGGGGUGACUCGAAAGAUUUACAUACGAAUGCUAAAUUAUUAAAUGCUUCUGAUUUGAACGCUGAGGAGCUUUUGUUGCACGCUACGAAAUAUCACAGCCAUUGUAUUAAAGACAAACUUCGUCAGCUUCUGCAAUCUCAGAAAGAAUUCUUGGAAGACAAUGGUCUUUACUUGUUAGAAAAUCAAAAAGAUAAUGAGAACCCACUUGUUAUCCGCUAUAGACAUGAAAAAUAUAUUAGUAUUGACAUCGAUUCACGUACAGGAAAAGUGAAAGCUUAUGAAACUAAGAAUGAAUCAAAUGAAGAAAAUGUAAAAUUAGCAGGGUUAGAAGAUCGAUUGAACAAUGACCCUGAAAAUAUUGCCAAACAUUUAUUAUGGUUACGAUCCGACAUUGUUAUCCGUGAAAUCAUUUCGCUGGCAAAGCUGCUCAAUUUGCAACCCUAUCAUCCUUCACAGAUGAAUCUCCGUGCAGAAGAUUUUAUCAAACUGUUUGGUGAUGUGAUUCCAUCCAACAAGACUGAGAAGUACCCUUCACACUGUGUGUUUCUUCAGUUUUCCCAAUUUGACAACUGGUACUUUGUUAUUGCAACUAUAAAAAACGAAUUCAAGUCAUGGUUAUGCUGUUUAAAUAAAAUAUAUGAUCAAAAUAGCAUAUAUCAAGCCGUUGCAGAUUUGAUAUAUAUAGAUUGUGAUGAGCUACGGAGAAAGGAAGCAAAGAAAGCUGUAGGCAGCAGUAAGAGACAAUUAGAAGAUGAUGUAGAAAAAGCAAGUAGUCAAUGUGAUAGUAAGAAAAGGAAACUGUCAAGGGACCUUUCCGUAGUAGUUCAGCAUGACUAUUCGGAUAAAUUUGACAGUUUAAUUAUGGACUUUCAAUACUUGGCUCAGUUAGAUUCACUAUGUAGAGGAUAUAUAACAAAUAGAAAAAUCGAGUUGCAACUUCAGAUAUACAAGGAAGCACUUCAUUAUCAUAAGCGCCCACUAUUAGACACUGUAUUACCGGUUGAGACACAAGUGAAAAGUCACCCUGUAUCGUACAAGAUGGAAACCAUCUGUUUACCACGACAAGACUUGCUUCGAGUAUGUGCUUAUUAUUAUCACCCAGGAGAUGGAAAGAGAAAGGAGAAAAAGACAGAGACGAUACCAUGGAUUGAGAAACUGCUGCCUCGUAUGAAAAACGAAAUUUUAGUUCGAUCGUUUGGUUGGUGGAAUUGCGGUAGAGGCGAAUGCUAUGUUGUUUUCCAAGAUAGAAUUGAUUGUGAAAGGAUAACUUUGCAAGAAGAUGAUAUUGAAGAUCAUAUUUCCUUAGACAAAGCCAAUAACACGAUUUCCUUCACCUAUGCGAACAUUGAUAAUUGCGUAGACCAGUUCUUGAAUGACUGGGAAAGAAUCUUUAUGAUGAUUAACUUGAGCAGACAAGUCCACUCGGUUUGGUUUAACAAGUAUAAGGAUCAACUGACGUUCCAGUCAACCAAUCUACAGAAAUUACUAUUUAUUUAUGCCAAACAGUACACUUGUACUAUUCACUGGACGUCUUCGGCAAAGGGACGGUCAAGAAGAUAUGAUAUUGAGUUUGGAGUAGUAGGUGAACCAAGCAACAAUAAAUUCAAUGUAUUGUCAGCUUCAAGUAAUCCGCAUUGGAAGGUUCUAACACAACUAAGGGAUAUAUUGAAUGAGAAACGAGAUUUAAUAUACUUUGUACAGAUUUUAUUUCAUACUCUGCCUGAACUUCUUGAAUUCGUAUGCUAAGAUACAUCAACAUAUAUGUUCAAGUAGUCCGAGGGAGCAUGGAAGUAAAUAAGAUAAAAAAAUAAAAGAAGCCAACCCCUUUUCUUUUCUUUCUUUUUCUUUAUA